AAUGGAACUUUCCCGGAUGUAACGUUACGAGGGUGUAAACAUUACCAGUGGAAGUUAGCGACUGCCAACCACGCACAACAGAUUGAUAACUCGAACAUUUCGCUGUUCUCUCAAGCUUGAAAAUCAUGGGAGGCAAGAACAGUAAGGAAAAUGAAGAUGACGAGAACUCAUGGUUGUCUUUUGAAGAGGAUAAAAAUGUCCAGCAGAAAAAGGGUAACUGUUCCUUACCCCAAAAGAACACUCAGGUGGAAUCAUUUGCUCGUAGAAAGAACGUUACAGAUGUUGUUGAGCCUGGACAAGAAUUCGAAGCUCAAGCAAACUCCGCGGAGGUCGUGAGGACUACCUCAUGUGACGGUGUUCCUGGCACUCAGGAAAUUACCCUUUCUUUUGACGUUGCCCCUGAAAAAGUACUUCAGGCACUCACGAAAUCACCCGUUCUUUUGGCAUCAUCCCAUGAAAAAGAUGUCUCUGAUGCUGCGACGAAGAAUAUACCAGAUAAUUAUGCUAAACCAAUCGUCAGAAAGGACGACGUUAUCGAACCUGCUCCCAUUGAAAAAAGAGAAAGCGCAGAUAUUUUAUAUUUUGACUCAGUCUCAAUCGAUGCUCACAGAACUGACGGAAGCUCUGUUGAAGGAGAUAGCCCAAGCAGUGGACUUCUUAGUGUUGCCAAAACUGGCAGCAAUGGACAUAGUGAUAGAAGAAGUCUUGUUGGCGUUGCUGAUGUUCGUAUGAUGACACCCACUGAUGAUAUCGACAGGAGUGGGCAUGUUGUUUGUUCCACGGGAAACUUUAACAAUGUUGGCAGUGAGGAAGCAUGCCAGCUUGGUGAAAUUUUCCAGAACAGCAUUGAAUUUAAUGAAACAAAUGGUGAAAGUGUGAAAGUGAACAUGAAACUCACCCGUAGCAAUCCUGUCUUUGCCGCUGAUACUUGUGAUAAAAGAAACAUUGAAAAUGCUGAUUUGAGAGCAGUACCAAAGUGCGCUGACAGUAAUGGUGACAGCAUCGGAAAAAUUGAUACUGUUCAGAAUAAUAGUUAUCAGACUAACAACGUCCAUGCCAGCCUUGAAACUACUGACGAUAAAAAGGAUGUCGAUGCUGUUUCAUUUACUUUGAAAGAAAGUGUUCAUAUCGACUCGUUCGCACAUAUUGGUAGUCCUGAGAAAGACCACGGUAGCAAUGGACAUGUUACACUUGUCACUGACAAUAAUACCAUUGGAAGUAGUGAUUUCAACGAUGACUUUGUCAUUACUGGUUUAGGUACUAGUAUCAUUGGACAUGCUUUUGAUAAGGAUGUUAACAGCAGUCCAAAAAGCAGCAGUGGUAGCAGCAGCCACCGUGGGGGAGAAUCUCACACCAGAGGUGAAACUGGAACAGAAAGCAUUGCAGUUACUGAUUUUAGAGGAAGCGCUGGACGUAGUGGGAAAUAUGAUUGUACCAAUUUUGAAUCUGAUGGUUGCGGUGGCCACAAUAGUGUUCUUGAAGAAGAUAUUUGUGGCAAAUUCAAAGGCAGCCAGAGCAGCAGAGGACUAAAUGUUAAGGUUGAUCUUGAAAAUGUGCGAAAUGUUCACCCAGCUCUAGAGCAGGGUGAUUGUUAUGGGAGUGGCGAUGUUUGCUACUAUUUAGAAGAAGGAAAGAAGGAUGCAAAUCAAAGCGACAACGCGUAUGCAGACUUCUGCUUUGAAGACUAUGCAAAACAAAGCUCGAAAACUGAUGAAAUACAAGAGGACAACGUCGAUGACGAUGCUUAUGCUGACUUUUGCUAUGAAGACUAUACAAAACGUAAUUCGAAGACUGGUGAAAUACAGGAGGGAGAAGACGAUAACGACGCGUAUGCUGACUUCUAUUUUGAAGACCAUGCAAAACAUAACUCGAAGACUGCUAAAAUACAGCCGGAAAACGAAGACGACGAAGAAGAAGGGGAAGGAGAUGAGGACGAUGAGGAGGAGGAAUGCUGUUGGUUUAACAGCUGCACACCACAACGAGACAGCUUCGUCGAUGAAGAGCUUCGAGAAGAGGGAACAGCCGGGGAAAAGGCGAAGAAAACAGAGAAAGAAGAUCAGCAGGAUGAUGAUGGUUGUGGUGAUGAUGGCAAUGAUAAUGCAAAUGAUAUGGAGCAUGCACAGGAAAAGAAGAGAGGGAAAGACUAUGGCGUUGAUGAUUAUGAUUAUACUGGCGUAAAUUAUAUCGUGGAAGAUGAUAUGGAGAUUGAGGAAAAUAACGAAGGAGAAGACAAAGAAGAUGAAAACGAGGAGGAGGAAGAAGACGAGGAAGAGGAAGAAAACGAAAAAGAGGAAGAAUAUGACGGUGAAGAUAGCGAUAAUUAUGAGGGAGAAGUGGACGAAGAAUUGAAAGAAAAAGGAGGAGGGAAAGACUAUGGUUUUGAUGAUCAUGACUUUGUUGGCGUAAACUAUAUUGAAGAAGAUGAUGUGGAGGAUAAAGAUAGCGAAGGAGAAAAGGUAGAAGGCGAGGGAGAGGAAGAAGACGAGGAAGAUGAAGAAGACGAGGAGGAGGAAGACGAGGAGGAGGAAGAAGACGAGGAGGAGGAAAAGGACGUGGAAGAGGAAGAAGACGAAAAAGAAGAAGAAUAUGACGAUGAAGAUAGCGAUAAUUAUGAUGAGGUGGACGACUACUUAGAUGAUGAUGAUGGUGAAUUAGCUCGUAGCCACGAUAUCAAACGGUAUGAAGCUAACACAUCGCAUUCAAGAAAUUCCAGCAACUAUUCGGGCUACAAUGUUGAGAACAAUGCGCAUUCAUCAGCUUCAUUAACCAAGCCAUCUUGGCACGUCUCUGAUGGACGAAAUGGAAAUCUGACAAGAGAACUGUUCAUCGACGGAAGAGCCAGACACGACAAAAGUUUUUCAGAAAGCCACUUUAUUCCGAGAGACCCUGAUGACAGUUCAUUGCCACAUCAGUUGUCAUCUAAAUCUGAAGCGUUUGAUACAGAUGUGUUUUUGGUCAAUGGAUUAAACACGAGAACAACAAAGGAUGCACUGUUGAACUUUUUUGAGGUAAUUAGUGGUGGACAAGUUAGAGAAAUAACAUUGUUGAAAGAUGGGAACGCUUUGGUUACAAUGGAAACCCCAAUUGAAGACAUCGCAAAGAUGAAAGAGAAGUGUGGGAGACGAACGUUGGAUGGGAACAAAAUCACAAUGAAGCUAGCCUCUCCCCUCACAAGUGUACUAGUGAGUGGUUUAUCCUACGACACUUCUCAUGAACUCGUGAAGUUGUAUUUCGAAAGUCCUCGUAGUGGGGGUGGUCCAGUACAUACAGUUUGUUUAACUGGAAAGGAAGGUCAAGCAGUUGUUGUUUUCAACAACGCAAAAGACAUGGAACGUGUGUUAGCAAAACAGGAGGAGCGACCGCAUGUUGUCGACGGUGAGUAUCUUACAGUGACAGUUUUCCAUGCGCUACUUCAAAACCUCGAUGAAGAUGAUACAGUGGGAAAAGUGGAUUCUUCGCCUCGACACUAUAGUUCUGAGAAAUUUCUAGCAACCAAACAACCGAGUCAGACAGCCAAGCAAAGGUUGUGUUUGGCUGUAGACCCUGAUGUAAUGGAGUUUAUCCAUGAGUCAUUUUACUUGAAAGAUUUACUGGAUGUACUAGAAAAGAGACAAUGUGAUUUAGAUUGGAAGGCAGGGAGAAAGCAUGCUUUUAUUCAGUAUGACGGAAACCCAGAAGACAAUUGUAGUGCUUCCCUUUGCAUUGAAGAAGUGCAGGCGUUUCUCAGAAAAUUUUUACGGUGGCAUGUUCCCAUAGAAGGAGACAUAUGGAAUGCUCUAAAUUCAGGGUCUAUGACCGAGAUCUACGAUUUUCUGGGAGAUGAUCGUCCUCUUGUGAAAUUGUCUGAAAGAGACUCUGGUCUCUAUUUGAGGGUGGUUUCUCUUAAAUCAGAUAAAGAUUCUUAUGAGAAAAUACUCCAGAAAGCACUAGCGUAUGUCUAUUGUCCAGAGAGGGACCGAAACUAUCGGACAGAAAAGAUAAGAGAUGUGUCAAAGGAGCGAGUUCAGCUUUUAAGAAAAACUAACUUCGAGUGCAAUCUCCAGCAAGAAUUCGAAGAGUUGACAGUUUGGAUUGACGACGAAAACGAGGAAAUAUUACUUGUAGGGCCGCAGGACGAGGUGACAGAUGCCAUAGCAAGAUAUUGUGAGUUGAACGCUGAAAUAACUGAAAAGAAAUUACAGCUUCCUUGUGGUGUCUUGGACAUGCUUAACAUCGCUACAGCAUCGCAGGUACUAAAUGACGAAUUGUCUGCAAAUGAGGUAGACGCUGUGUUUUUCCUUGAGGAAGACGAGUCAACUUCGCGCGUCGUCGCCGCAAAGAUACUUGGAAUCUCAUCAGAAAAAGCGGAGAAGGCAUCCGAUCUCAUUAACAGAUUAACAGCAGAAACAGCACUAAAAAUCAAAGAACGAGAUUUAGUUUUGACAACUACGUUUGAAUGGGACCAGGUCUGCGACGAGAUCGAAAAGGAUGGUACAGUUGUAAUUCGAAGAGAUGAAACUGGCAGAACAUGGCUUGCCGGUCUCUCAAGAGAUGUUGAGUUUUCCGCCAAAAAGUUGCAAUUGUUUAUCGAAGAGAGAGCCGCGAAAAUAUCAAAAAAGAACUUUUUAUGCCCCUCGAAGCAAAUCAAGAGAUAUUUAAGAGAAUAUGGCAAACGUGAUUUGAUUGCCAUACAAACGAAACUUAAGAAAUAUGACAUCACGAUUCUUGACGGACAAGAUGGUCAUAACUUCAUCAUUUCGGGGCAAGAGGACGGUUUAAAUCCCGCAAGGUACAUGCUGGAUCACCUUAUUCAGGGAUUAGUGACUAAAAAACUUAAACUAAGCCAAGCGGGCCUUAGAAAGUUCUUUUCCGAUGGCAAGGCAGACAAUAUUGCGGAAAAGAUCGAAAAGGACCGGAAGUGUGUUGUUGGUAUCGAAAAAACCUUGGCUAAAAUUGAAACAGGGAGGCUUUCACGCAAGGCAGCACUUAUUGAAUCAGAGUCUACAGAGAGCGAAGAUGAAGAGAUGACAGAAGAAAAAUCUGUUUCAAGUUUGCUUCAACAGAAAAGUGCUUCAUUUUGUAUUACGACUCAGGGACAUAACAUCUCAUGGAAGGCAGGGGACAUUGCCAAAGAACAGGCCGAUAUAGUUGUGAGCUCUCAAGGAGCAUGCUCGAGUUCGAUCAGACGUGCUGCCGGUCCAAGAAUGCGACCAGUGACACCCAACCCUGGAGAGAUUGACGUUUCACCGGGAUUCCAGUUGCCUUGUACUCACGUGAUUCAUACGUACUGUUCGGAGUGGAGGGAAGGAGGUGGAGGAACGGCAUUAAGAUCCAUCGUUCGAAAAUCGCUCGGCAAAUCCAAUGAGCUCAAUGGAACUUCCAUCGCUUUCCCUGUGAUUGGAACUGGGAAUUUACAAUUCCCUAGAAGCGAAGCUGCGAGGAUCAUGUUGGACGAAGCAGUCAGUUUCUGCGACAACAACCCACAUUCUAUUGUAAAGGACAUUCGCUUCGUCAUCUUUGACCAGGAUCAAAAUCUCAUUACCGCCUUUCAACAGGAGAUGAACAGCUUGCAAUUAAGACGUGGAAGUUUUGCUAAGCCAGGAAGCACUGUUGAAACUCAAACAUGGUGGAGGAAGAUCCAGGUUGUUGAGGGCAGUCUUACAGAACAGAGAGUGGACGCCAUUAUAAACAUCAUUGGAAAAGACAUGGACUUGUCCAGAGCUGGGGCACUGAGUAAGGCAGUGGCCAGAGCAGCUGGAAAGCGCGUGAUACAAGAGUGCGAGGAGCUUGGACCGCAACCAGGUGGAUCGGCUGUGAUGACCAGUGGCGGGAACUUGCCUGUAAGUAAUAUUAUUCACUUGGUACCAAAGUCUUCAGAUAAACAGCACCUCCAAGCCUGCCUUGAAAAGUGUCUCUAUCUUGCUCAUUCGCAAGGUCUUCAUUCCAUAGCUAUUCCAGCUAUUGGAACAGGCGCAUAUCACGUGACUCCUUCUGAUUCAGCAAUUCUGACCUUUCAAGCUUUGGGAAACGUCAGUGGAACUUGCUCAAGCUUUUCCAAAGUCAAAAUUGUAAUUUUUGUAAAAGAAAUGCUGGAGACCUUUGUUAAAGAGCACAAACGGGUCGUUCAUUCGGCUGAGCAGUUGUUAACAUCUAGCUCACAAGCAACGACGACAUCAACAAAAACAUCAUACCCACCGUGGGAGUUUUCAGUGAGGAAGAAAUCACCUAAAUCAGUGUCGUGUAAAAGCGCUUCUACCGUCCAUAUCUCAGUGACUGCUGCAGAUGAUAAGACUGCAAUAGCAGCUUUAGCAGCUUUGAAGGAAGGUUUCUCUGAAUGUUGUACGACGCAAGUCAUUCACGAUGAAUCUGUGAGUCAACAGUCUGACAGGCAAGUUAAUCGUCUGCUGCAAAGCUGCAAAAAACGAGACAUUGAACUGAAAAUAGAGCCUGCCGGAAAUCGAGUUGAAGUUCAGGGAGACCCAAAUGAUGUUACUGCAAUUGUCGGGGAAAUCUGGGUUGAGCUGAAUGAAAGAUGCAAAAAAGUAACAAACCGCGAAAAUGCAAAAUUGUUGGCUGGUCACGUGGAAUGGCAAUACAUGUUAUAUGGUAAAAUGAGACGUUUUAGUUCGACUAAAAACGCGAAGAUCGAAGAAGCAUACACUAAGAAGUCUCCAGAUGUGACUGUUGGAAUUUGUGGAGAUCAAUUUCAACUGUAUUUUAAAGACAACACAGGAAUAGGUAGCUUAUCAGGAGAGCAGAUCAAAAUCAGCCGUAAGGUCCUGGGCAGAAGUGAAGCUACAGGAAUAUCACUGCCAAGUCAUUGGGAAGCUAUGCCAAGAGAGGCAAACGGAAAUGAAAUUACCGUCCAUACAGUAAAACUUCGACCCCAGUCUUCCGAGUUCCAGAGUGUUGUAAGGAUGUUUACAAAGACCGUGAACUCAGUAAACGUGAAGAGAGUGGAGCGAAUUCAAAAUCCCCUGCUUUACCAGGCGUAUCAGCUGAGGAAACAAAAAAUGGACAAAGACAACGGAGGCAACAAUGAGCGACAACUGUUUCAUGGAACGGCCUAUAAAAACGUGAAGAAAAUUAAUUCUCAAGGAUUUAACAGGAACUUCUCAGGAUUGGCGCAUGGAAAUCGCCUGGGUAAGGGAGUUUAUUUUGCCAGAGAUGCCCGUUAUUCCCUGCAGUUCACCCCUCAGAGUACUGAUCAUAGUCGAUACAUGUACCUUGCGCGUGUCCUGAUUGGAAGGUAUUGUCAAGGAGAUUCACAUUUAGUUGUGCCUCCCUCAAAGCAUCCGUCACGGCCGGAAAUUUUGUAUGAUUCUGUUGUAGACAACACAGGAAAUCCAGGAUCUUUCGUCGUCUUUGCUGACAGCCAGUGCUAUCCCGAAUAUCUCAUUAAGUUCUGAUUUAGACUUACCAGCUAGUGUACAUAUAAGUAAUGGACUACACCGGACGCGUUUUCAUUUGUUCUCUUUGGAAGGAGAACCAGUUUUUAGGCUUAGCUUUGCAGGUGCAGGUCUUUUGAAGUCUUACGUGACAACUUAAUAACAAGCGGUGUAACCAAUCGAUAAAGUGGACAGGAUGAGUUCAAAUCAUUAUUGAUAAAUGAUGAAAAAAAAAAAUCAAGCACUAUGAUUUGUGUGACCAGUGAGUUAAAUCGACUGGCUUCCACUCCAAUUCAAUUCUCAGUCUAUAGCUAACAGGAAAAACGGUUUUUCAUAAGUAAAGUUUUUUCUUGGCGAGUUGUGCUCAACAUGACGAAAAGAAAAGUAAAGGCAAAAUUCGUUGUCACUGUUCCGCAAGUGUUAAAUACCGAUACAGUUGUACCUGCGCAAGUUCUGCUUGGUAUGAAACAGUUUACCAAACGAUAGCUGUCGAUCAGGAGUACUUGGGGAUCUGUUGAUUGAUUAUUGAUUGCUCGAUUUCAAUUGAUAUCAGGUAGUUGAUAAUCUCUAUCAAUUGAUGUAUUGCUAAUAUAUAAUUUCUGAAUUUUGAUAAUAUAAAAGAUGGUUGUCAAGGUUUAGGUGCAGCCGUUUCCGUUAAGGGAUACGAAACGUCUAAACUGAUAGGGUACUUCGUCACUGAAGGUUCGGUAAAUACACCAAAAUGGUUGUUCAAUCAAUUAGUUUCUAUAGCUCUCUCUAACGAUUUGCCAUUUUUUAUGUUUUUAAAUGUGAUUAAAAAUGAUGGGGCGAUAUAACUCAAGAUUUCGGGCGAUAUGCUUGCAUUACGGAUAGUUCUCACUAAUUAAGCGCUUUGGUAAUACGCUUUCAGAUCAAAGGUUGAAUGGGGUAAACAUUGUCUUCGUUGGAUAUAUAUAUAUAUACAAGUGUAAAGCGAUGAAACAUGAAGCAAACUUCUAA